AUCAAAUUACAAAACCAACAUUUUCCAUAUGACAAAGACAUUUGUUCCCUGCAAAGAUGGUUUUUUCUCAUCUAUAGAUAAUUAUCAACACAAUAUUUCAAGACUGUUGUGUCCUCGAUAGCAACAAAUGAACAAUGUGGAAAUUUCGCAGCAGCCAUUUUACUGUAUGUAUGUUUGUGGUUGGCCUUAUCGUUGCACUUGUUCAAAUCCUUAUGAUGUUAAAUCGUGCUUAUUACAAAAUUCACACAUUAACUGAGGAGAAGAACGCAUUGACGUCCCGACUAAGAACACUGCAGGCAUUGGAUUAUGCCAAAGAGGCGAAUCAAUCUAAACCAUUGUCUACGACAAUGUUUCCAAGACUCAAUAAAUGGCACGCAAAUAAAUAUUUCGAUGCAACGCCGUACGAUAGCUUUACUCAUCAGAAAGUAUUCAGUGUCAAUAAAGAUGGUAUCUACUUCCAUCCUUCCAGAGUAAUCGGUGGAGAGCGCUCCGAAGAACACAAAGAGGUUUUGCUUUCGGCUGUGGAUCUUGUGAACAAAAAAUUGAUAACUCAUAAAAAAAGUGAACGUGUUUCUAGUGUUCACCUGGUGAAUGGCAUAAGUAAAUUAGAUCGCGCUAAUGGAAUGGAAUAUGAUCUUAUCUUUAAAAUAGGCAAUACAGAUCAAUAUGAAAGAGUUAAAGUAUAUCGUCCCUAUAAAGAUAUGGAGUUUGGACAGAGCAUUGAAAGUUUUAGCACUUUGAAGCAACGAGUAAACGUUAUAAUUCCGUUGUCUGGCAGACAAAGGGAAUUUAAAUUAUUUUUAAAACAUUUUGGCGAGUGCUGUUUGCAACGUAAUGUUUAUUUAACAGUAGUGUACUUUGGUGAUGAUGGCAAACAGGAUGUAAAUAGCUCACUCAAGGAGUUCGAAAGGCAAAAGCAAUUUCAUAACUAUGAUUUAAUUUUCGCAAAAGGCCCCUUUUCUCGUGGCAUAGGCCUGCAAACAGGUGUUCAUUCGUGGAACAAAGGAAAUGACGUAAUGUUCUUCUGUGACGUUGAUAUGCAUUUUGACGCUGAUUUCUUGGAUCGAUGUAGAUUUUACACAAAUCCUGGUAAAAUGGUCUAUUUUCCUAUUGUGUUUUCUUUAUAUAAUCCGGACACAAUUUAUACUAAUACACCCAACAUAAAGCAACAGUUGAAUUUACAAAUAAAGACCGGAUAUUGGCGAGAAACUGGUUUUGGAAUGGCUUGUAUCUACAAAAGCGAUUUCAUGAACACAAAAGGAUUCGAUACAUCGAUUAAAGGUUGGGGCGGAGAGGAUGUUGGAUUAUACAGAAAACUUAUUAAGACAGACAUCAGAAUCAUAAGAGCUACGGAUCGAGGAUUGUUUCACAUUUAUCACCCAAAAAAAUGUGACCCAAGUUUACCACAAUAUUUAUCAUGCUUGACUGUGAAGGUUAGAUCCGAAGGUGCACAUAUGCAAAUGAGUAGAUUAGCUUUUGGCAAUAGCGUAUUUAGCAAUCAACAACCGGACUGGAAAACAAAGCUAAAAAAUAUAAACUAUAGACAAAAGAUCAGUGAACUCGCUACUGCAGUCGCAGAUAUGAAAAGUCUUAAAGCUCGACUCGACAUGAUAGAAAGCUCGGCGAAAACGAAAAAUAAGAAAAACUUGUUUGGUCAGAACAAUUUACGAGAAUUAAACAAAAGUUUGGAAGGUGUUAUAAACACCGUUAGAAAACUUUUCUUAGUGGCAACAAAUGUUACCAAUAACAAUUAACAGUUAACCGUUAAAACGUUUUUUGUUAGCUUAAGUAAAAUAGGCAAAAAGUUACUAUGAAGGAAAUAAAUUAUUUGUUUUAAACAA